AUGGCUCCUUCCCGAGGUGAGGGUGACGUGCCAUCACCGCUGGAUCUGUCCUACCCUUCGAAAUUGGUACAAACCCUUGACCCUCAUACAGGUCCAGUGAAUGUGGUAAAGUACAACCACGGUGCGAAAUAUGUAUUAUCGGGAUCAUCAGAUAGGAGUAUUCGACUAUGGAACCCGUCGUUGGGUAAGGAGAUCAAAUGUUAUAACGGGCAUGCUCAGGAGGUAUUAGCUUUGGAUAUUACCCACGACAAUGCGAAAUUCGCUUCGUCCGGUGGGGAUCGAGCUGUAUUCCUAUGGGAUGUACCUACAGGAUCAGUUAUAAGGAGAAUGCAAGGUCAUUUUGGUAAGAUUAAUGCAGUGGGCUUUAGUCCUGAUUCACAGGUCUUGGCGAGUGCUGGAUUCGACGCUAAAGUCAUGUUAUGGGAUAUGAGAGCAUCCUCUCGUGACCCCCUUCAAACACUCAAAGAAGCAUCCUCGACCGUCUCUUCCCUUAUCCUCCCAUCCUCUCCUCAAAUAAUCGCAUCAUCGCAUGACGGUUUCCUGCGAACAUACGAUCUUCGAUUCGGUCUAUUAACCGAAGAUCUAAUCGGCCAGCCAAUCUCAUCUAUCAAAUUAUCCAACUCAAAUCCCGAAGAAAGCAUAUUAAUUUCUACCACCCCGAUAGGAUCGUCUGGAGAAGCAAAGGGGGAGAUGAAAGAAGAAGAUAAACCGAAAUUACGUAUAUUUGAUAGGAAAGAUGGAUCAUGUUUGCAAACCUUCAGUGGACACGAUACGGGUGGGUUAGCUAGGUGGGCAAUGGGUUGGGGGUAUGGAGAAAGUACGGUGUUGGCUGGGGAUAGACAGGGAAGGAUCUGGGGUUGGAACGUUCUGGAUGCCAAAUCACUUGCUUUGCACCCGAAACAAAUCCACAAGAAACAAAUCACCUGCCUAGAGAUAAAUCCAAGAGGUAAAGAGAUGAUCACAUCUUCAUUAGACGGUACUAUCAAAGUAUGGCACAAAUAA